UCACUGAUGAAGAUCACAGAGAACUUCCUGAGGAGAAUGAAGCAGGAGGAGCUGGCUGAUCGACUGCAGAGCAGAUCUCCUGCUGCAGCUUGUCGACAUGAAGUCCAAUCUGGUCUGAAGAAGAAGUUCAAGUGUGUGUUUGACGGAAUCAAUAAAGCAGGAAACCCAACCCUUCUGAAUGAGAUCUACACAGAGCUCUACAUCACAGAGGGAGGAACUGGAGAGCUGAAUGAAGAACAUGAGGUCAGACAGAUUGAAGCAGCAUCCAGGAAAGCAGACAGAGCAGAAACCAGCAUCAGACAAGAAGAGCUCUUUCAACUCCCAGCUGGAAGACAAGAACCAAUCAGAACCGUGAUGACAAAGGGAGUGGCUGGCAUCGGGAAAACAGUCUUAACACAGAAGUUCACUCUGGACUGGGCUGAAGGCAAAGCCAACCAGAACAUCCACUUCACAUUUCCAUUCACUUUCAGAGAGCUGAAUGUGCUGAAAGAGGAGAAGUUCAGCUUGGUGGAACUUGUUCAUCACUUCUUCCCUGAAACCAAAGAAGCAGGAAUCUGCAGCUUUGAAGACUUCCAGGUCAUCUUCAUCUUUGAUGGUCUGGAUGAGUGUCGACUUCCUCUGGACUUCCACAAGACUCGGAUCCUAAAUGACCCUAGAAAGUCCACCUCAGUGGGUGAUCUGCUGACAAACCUCAUCAGGGGGAACCUGCUUCCCUCUGCUCGCCUCUGGAUAACCACACGACCUGCAGCAGCCAAUCAGAUCCCUCCUGGAUAUGUUGACAUGGUGACAGAGGUCAGAGGGUUCAAUGAUCCACAGAAGGAGGAGUACU